CAUUUGCAGGGGCGUGGACGCGGACUCAUCUGGGUUGGUGCCUGCUCAGUUUGCAUGUUUUCACCCUGUUGUGUAACAUGGGGAUCCACGUGAACCGCCAACAACCGUGCGGAUAAGCACGCCCACUGCAAUACCCUCCAUCCAAUCGGACGGUAGAUGCAAAUCUGGCCUGCCCAAUCAACGUAGAGUGGGCGGACUUAAUGCGAUGCCGAACUCACGUUGCAUGAAUGUGUCAAACGAUUCGGAAUGGAUGACGUUUUCUCUGGUGGAAACUAAAAGACAGUAAUUGUUUUUGAUUCAGUCCGGGACGCCGCUUUGUGGAAUUGUGUAUUUUGAAGCAAAGACCAACUUGGACUAAAACAGGAUUUAGCACCAACUAACUGAAGUCAUUGACAGCCCAUGGAACCGAUUCUACUCACUGAACACAUGAAGACCCUUGAGUACAACUUCAUCUGGACAAAACACCAUUAAUGUGUGAUCAAAUUGCGGUGAUGCCAGGGGGUGACAGUGGUCUGGAUGGAGAGAAGUCUGCUUUUCCGUCAACCACAUCAGAGGGUUUAGGGGAGAAGAGUGAAGCAUCCGUGGACCAGCAUGGACGGGCGCAUCCGGAGCACCUCGGGGGAGAGGAGAGCGGAGCCUCAGGAGGAGAACUGGGGCAGGAAGACGAGGAGAUGACGAGCGGUUCUCAGGAUCUUUCCUCUUCUGCCAAUCACAGCCCUGGAAGUGCCGCAGGGUCCACUGUGGCUUCUUCCAAGAGUGAGCAUGCAGAUGGAGGCAGAGGGCAAGCCCACCGGGAGGUGAUGGUGGCGGUGGCUGAGAUGAAAAAGAGGCUUCCGGUGGACAAACGCAGCCACAGCAAAGCCAGCACAGUGGAGGCCUUACAUUACGCACUCAACUGUGUCAAGCAAGUGCAAGCUAACAGUGAAUACUACAAACUACUAAUGCGAAAUGGACAGGAUGAGCAAAAGGAUGCAACUCUCUGCACUCUGGAGGAGCUGGAAAGAGUCACCUCUGAGCACACCCUCAAAAACACGGAUUCCUUCAUCGUGGUGUUCUCACUGUCCAGCGGCCGUGUGCUUUAUGCAUCAGAGCAGGCUCCCAGCAUCCUGUGCUGCAAGAGGAAGUUCCUGGAAUCUGCCAAGUUUGUGGAGCUGCUCUUCCACCAGGAUGUGAACGUUUUCUACUCGCACACGGCGCAGCCACAUUUGCCCCCAUGGAGCAAUUCACACACUGCUGGAGUUCUGUUCGACUGUGCUCAGGUCAAGUCCUUCUUCUGCAGAAUAAGAGGUGGGAAGGACCGUGAGGGUGAGAUGCGUUACAACCCGUUUCGGGUCACACCGUACCAGCUGAAGGUGCAGAGAGCAGGAAACAGCGGGGAAGACGAGGAGCCAUGUUGCUUGGCGUUGGCUGAGCGCAUCAUCUCUGGAUAUGAAGCACCUCGAAUCCCGAUGGACAAACGUAUUUUCACUACAACGCACUCCCCUGGCUGUGUGUUCCUGGAAGUGGAUGAAAGGGCCGUGCCGCUGCUCGGGUACCUUCCUCAGGAUCUGAUUGGCACGUCUUUGCUGACUUCCAUUCACCCAGAGGACCGCCUGCUCAUGCUGUCCAUGCACAGGAAAGUUCUGAAGUAUGCUGGCCAGCCUCCAUUUGAGCACUCCCCAAUCCGAAUGCGCUGUCAGAAUGGAGACUACAUCACUCUGGACACUAGCUGGUCCAGUUUUAUAAACCCAUGGAGCCGCAAGGUUGCCUUUAUUAUCGGACGCCACAAAGUCAGGACGAGUCCUGUGAACGAGGAUGUUUUUGCUGCUCAGUCGAUGAACGAGACUCCAGUCUCUCAUGAAGAAAUAAAAGAGCUUCAAUCAAAAAUCUACAAGCUUUUCCUUCAGCCGGUGCACAACAAUGGCUCCAGCGGUUACGGUAGUUUGGGGAGUAACGGUUCCCAUGAGCACUACAUCAGUGUUGCUUCCUCAAGCGACAGCAAUGGCAACCUGUGGGAGGACUCGCACCAGCAGCCGAUGACCUUGCUGCAGAUCUGUGCUGAUGUGAACCGAGUCAAGAGUUGGGGCCAGCACGCGUACAGAGAUUCCAGCCAGAAAAUGGCUCAUCGUGGCAAACUUGCCACAGCUGUCCAGCCUCUCUCAGCUUCUAACCCUAAAGGGAGGAAUAACGGCGAAUGCAGGAAGCCGACCCACAUUCCCUCUUAUCAGCAAAUCAACUGCGUGGACAACAUCAUCAGAUAUUUGGAGGGCUGCACAACCUCAGUCCUAAAGCGGAAGAGUGAAUCCCAUUCCUUGGCCACCUCCUCUUCCUCCUCAUCUACCUCAGAAGAUGACAACCCCCUGGGAGCAGCGGACAAAUCUCAGCCCAGUUCACACGUGGUUGUGUUGGACAGUGAGGUGUCAGUGGGCCCUGCAGCUGCAGCUGUUGUCGGGGCGCCGCUGACAGACAUAACCAUGUCCACUAAGGCAAUGAGUGAUGUGUCAGUCACUAGCCAAUGUUCAUACAGCAGCACCAUCGUCCACGUGCCUCAGCCCGAGUCAGAAGCCACGGCACUGGAGGAUGCUCCGAUGGGCAGCGAGCCCGCGGACGCCGCCGCAACUCCCGUCCGUCCGGCCCCGAGCCCCGCCGCUGAGGAGCGGAGGUUAUUAGGGCUCACCAAAGAGGUUCUGUCAGCUCACACCCAGAAGGAGGAGCAAGAUUACGUGGACCGGUUCCGCCAUCGUAUCCUCCAGAGUCCGUACAGCACGUACCUGCAGGUGGACAACAGUUCUAUGGCUCAGUCCCACCACCCAGGAGGGUACCUGCCUCCGCUCAGCGCAGGAGGUUGGAAUCGUUCUCCACGAGGAAAGCCCAGACACAAGCGGCCCAAAGCCCAGGGUUCUUCAGGAAGCCCCGCCUCUCACGCCUCUCCCCCUCGUCGCGUUCCUGACUCCUCCUGGCCCUCGUCUGAGUCCUCCCAGCCCCACAUGAGUGCGUCCAAAGGCCAAACAUCCCCAUCCCAGAUGCCAUACCUCUCUGAAGAACUGCACAGAUCCCAGCAGCUGCCGGGAGCCACUCCUGUCAUGCCUGUUGGCCACUUCAGCUACAACUAUAACAUCAUGCAGUCUGCUCAGAACCAAGCAGGUAUCCAGCCGGUCCACAUGGAUCCUCUUCAGAACCUGCAGAACUUUGACAACCUGCAGUCAGCCCAAAACUUUAACCCGUACAUGGCUCCCGUCAUGGCAGUCAUUCUGCCCAACUAUCCAACCAUCACUCCAGGUUUCCCCCCCAUUUACCUGCCUGCCAACUCCACUACAGUACCACAAGCAGCUGUGGGCAUGGCCGGCUUUGUGCCCGGCGCCGCUCCGUUCUCUUUUACUACACAUUUCCAGCCUCAAUCUUGCCCCAACGCACAGAGCUCCCCUGGACCUUUCGUCUGCUCACCGAGAGCAUGCUCCUCGGCCGGAGAAGAGGAGGAGGCAGCCGGGCCUCCAGCGUUAUUCUCCAGCUCACGCUCGAGCUCGCCGCUACAGCUCAACCUGCUGCAGGAGGAGCUUCCCAAACCGAGCGAGGGCCAGAGCAGCACCGGUCUCAACCACUCUGAAAGCCUCCAUGAAAAUCACAAUGAGGCUGACGCUCCCAGUGAGUCUGGCAACCAGGAUUCCCAGUCAACCUCCAGUGAGCUGCUUGACCUUCUGCUUCAGGAGGAUGCCAGGUCAGGAACUGGCUCCAAUGCCUCUGGGUCUGGUUCUGGGGAGUCUGGUGGUUCACUGGGAUCUGGAUCUGGAUCCGGCUCAAACGGAACCUCCACUUCACACACUGUUACAGGCAGCACCAACAGCAGCAAGUACUUUGCAAGCAAUGAUUCAUCAGAAACGUCGCGGAAAGCUCGGAAGAGCCAGGAGACGCCCCCAGAGCACCAACACAGCUUUGACACCCCGGUGGAGAACCCCCUGUGGAACAUGAUCCAAAACACACCCGAGCGGGUCAUGAUGACGUACCAGAUACGCAGCAGGGAUCAGAGUCUGGUUUUAGCAGAAGACAGAGAAAAGCUCCGAGUGCUUCAGCCUCUCCAGCCCUGGUUUAGUCAGGAGCAGAAAGAGGAGCUGGCUGAAGUCCAUCCCUGGAUGCAGCAUCGCACCAUUCCUCAGGAAAUCAAUAUGCAGGGUUGUGUGGACUGCAGCUCAGGUGCUGGUUUGGACCGCCCACCUGACCCUGACAGUUCUUCACCUGAGGAGAGCUCUGAGCAAGACUCCAUCAGACCUGUGGAUGGGAGCUAAGAAAUCCAGACCUCAGUGAAGCUCACAGUGGAACAGCCUUUCAACCUAUUUCCUGAAGAGUUCGGAGGAGUGAAUCAAACAUUUCACCCGUUUUUAAAGAAAACCAAGUCUGGGCGGGGCCUAAGGGAGCCCUGCGUGGCUGUCUUUUCUUAUUAUACCUCUUGAUAACAAAGCCCCUGCAGGAGUUUCUGUCAUAUAUUUAUGACUCUAUCCUUUGGCCAGCUUUUGAAUGAUUUUUAAUCAGAAGUAUCCCUCCGUUGCUGCCCCUUAUCGUGAGCACUGUGUAUCCACCUGUACUGCGAGGGCAGAAGACAGAGCGGAGCUGGCCCAGUCGAGCUCCAGAACUCUUGCAGGACUCCUCUGUACUGGUGUGGAGCACAGUGUUUCUACGGCAUCAACUCCUUCAGCAGUGACCCGGCGUGAGGUGGACCUGCUGUUUUCAGUCGGGACACUAAAGACUUUGUUGUUUUUCAUGCUCACAUUGAAGUUGUUUCUGGAGUGUACCACUCUAAUGUUCCUGAACUUGGAUUCCUCUUGUGCAGAACUUCCUUCUUAAUGUUAUUUUCUCAGAAGUUGAUGAUUUUAAAAUCAAAAUCCGAUGCAAAUCCAACCCUCAGCGUCCAGAAUCCCUCUUUCACUCUUCAGUAGCUGUGAACUCACAAGGUUUCGUACUAAAUCAAAUUCCUCUUUAGCUCUGUGACCGGCUGUGUAUGUGCUGAUGUGAACUCCUGGUUUCUCAGUCCUGUUUGGUCCUCUGAGUGUUUGACCCCGACAAACGUGGGAUUUUCAGGCUUCUGUGGAGUCUGGUUGUGGAUGAAAUUAGGUGUAUUGAUAGCCUCUGAAGCCUCUGAGGAAGACAAAAACCACCCGUGUGAUGACGUGACCGCCCCUCUUCUUUGUACUGGAGUCAGAUGGCAGGUUAGUGUGAGUGAAUGAGUGUGCUUCCUUCAAUACACGGAUGUAACAGUGGAAGACCGACCAACUUUUCUAUCAUUUUAGAGUAUAUUACAGUACUGUGUAUUUUGUAGAAAAUGUACACAAAGUUCACAAAUUGUACAAAAGCCAUUUGUUUUGAAUUCAGGGAAUGUUUGUGACAAUGAAAUGAAUAAAAAGAUUGACCUAAGA